AUGAUGAAUCAUCAAUCAAUGGAAGUCAACGACGAUGAAAGUUCUAGUGGUGAAGAAUUCAUGACAGAAGGUUCUCCUAUCAAUCAAAAUCAAAAUAAUGAUGCUGUCGAUAUGGAUGUCAAUGAACUGAACGAAGAAGAGAAACAAAAUUCUCAUAUGGAUAGUGGUAUUAUAGCUGAAUCAGACGACAACGAUGAUGAAUCGCCACAAAUGGAUGAAAGCCCAACUGAUCCCGAAUCGAGGAACGAAAAGAUGAUCAUAUCAGUAGUAGCACCCAUUCAGACCAAAGUUGUGGAAGUUUAUCGAAAACUAAAUCGAUUAUGCGAUGUACUGGAUGAGAAAUCUCAACUUUCAAAUGAUGCCAGUCCUAAUGAUCUAACAAUACAAGAAUCGAACGAACUUUUGAGUGAUUUAAAAAAGUUAUAUGAUGAUAGUGAUGCUGAUGAAAGGGUCCGCGUGAUGACAAUUGUUCCUAAAGAUUAG